AAGAAUUUACUUAUCUAUAAAUGAGGCAUAUUUUCUGUCAGCAGGUUCUUAUUUUAAAAAGAGCAAAAGCUGAUAUUUCUGAGCUGGCACAGACAGCUUCUGUCACAGCAUCCAUUGAUUUUUUUUUUUCCCUUUGGUAACAUAAUUCAGAGAAACAUUAAUUAGGAAUAGCUACUGAGAUACAUACUUUGAUUUUUUUCUUUAGUAAUUUUGCUCUAUUGGCAAAUCAUUUAAGUUAUUAGUGUUAGUUGUGAGAAUGAACAAUCAGAUUAGUUGCGAAAAAGGCAGUAAACUAUUGGUAAACACUUAGCAUAGGUUUAAUUUUCAGAUAAUUAGAAACAAUUGGGUAUUUUAGCUGACCAAGCGUAUUCAAAUAAGAUUACCAUUUAAAAUGAUUUGACAAGGUGUGUGUCAGCAAUAAAAAUAAAAUAGAUUUUCCUUCAUGUAGUGUAAACAUAAGGAAAAUAGGCCCAGAUAAUAUAUUUUAAGACCAGAGCAGACUUUUCCCCCAUUUGUCCUGAUAUUUAUUCUGUUCAGUUUUGCUAUCAUCUGUGCAGCUAAUCCAGUUUACAGCAGUCUGAGAUCCAGAUUUAUGCUGCAAGGCCAUUACAUUUCCCUUUAAUAUUCACAAUACAGGAAUUAUCCACACUUCCACCCGUGCAGGGUUCAGUGUUUGCAGGCUGUUUGUUGCAUGGUAAUAAGCCUGUGGUUUCAAACUGUUAGUUGUUUUUUGUAAUUAUUGUACUCUAUAGAAAAAACAUGUUUUAAAUCCCUAAGCAUUUAUGAAAAUCUAUUUCUACAUGCAUUGUUUUUUUUGUUUUGUUUUCUUUGCUGUUCCUGAGCAAUCCUAAUGAGAAACUGUUAGGAAUUAAAUGGGUCAUCUUGUUCAAUAAAUGGCAGUGAAUACCUUUAAUGAGGGAUUUAUUUCCAUUAGGUUUGCUGUGACCACUUCCACUCACCCAUUCCCAGUACUGGACUGUGGGAAAAUAGCUCCGUGCCACGGUGCUAUGAGAGUGAGGAUCGAGGGCUGCUAAAACAAACAGUUUUCAUGCCUGUGAUGCACAAACAGAAAUGAAAAGCUGCCUCAGUUGGUUCAUAUUCUUGUGGAAAUGUAAACAAGCAAAUCCUGGUUUAUAGGCAGCCACACAUCAGUAUUGGUAUCACAUACCCUGAAAAGGCACCUCAUCUGGCCAGCAUCAUAACUGAUAUGCAAUUACUAAUGUCCUUCUUUGAAAUGAGGGCUUUGCUGUAACAUCAGAUAUCACUUUAAAAUGCAUUAAUUGUGCCAGAAAUCCUGUCCUGAUAUUCAGUACUGUGGCAUUUUACUGGAAUUCUUGGAAGGAGGUGCAGCACAGUGCACAGCAAAUAUGCGGUCUUUAUCCCGUUGUACCUAAGGAUCCUUACCAAAAAUCAUGGGAAAAUAUAGUAUAGGAGGCCUAAAACAGCCAAAUCAGAGUGGAUAAAAGAUGACUUUUAGUGAUACUGGAUUUUUAACUUUGAACCACAUUUCUUUUCCUUUAUAUGCUUUUAAGUAUUUUAAAACAGGCAUGGGCUUGUAUCUUAUACCUCCAUGUGGCCAUGGAUGUGCAUGAACAGCCCUGGUCUGUGGUGUCUGUGAUUUUCUGAGGUCAGUGAUGUCUGUGUGAUUUUCUAGGGUCAGUGAUGUCUGUGUGAUUUACUGGUGUCUCUGUACUGUCCACCCCUCCUCUCUCCAGGUGUGUGACCCCAAUAUUAUGCAAACACGAACCCGACAAGUGCUGAGGUCUCCUGUCAGUUCAAAGCCCUGCCCUGAAGAUUCACAAAUGAAGCCAUGUAUUCUUAAUCAAAAUUGCUUCCAAUACCAGUACAACCUAACAGGCUGGAGCGGGUGCCAGCUGGGUGCCAAUGCCACCUGCGGUCACGGGGAGCGCCGCCGCCUCCUGAGCUGCCAGCGCAGCGACGGGGCCACCGUCAGCAUGCAGCUCUGCCAGCAGCUGCACCUGGAGAAGCCCGUGCCCACGAGCAGUCCGUGCGUGGUGGGGUGUGCCGUGGACUGCCAGCUCUCCCCGUGGUCAGCCUGGUCGCAGUGCUCACACACAUGUGGCACUGGUGGUCCCCUAACACUUACAUGACUCCAGUAACUUCAGCAAGACUUUCUUCAGCCAGUAGUGUUCACCAGCAUACAAAAAGUGAAAGGAUUAGGACCUUUUUCAGCUUAGGUGUUUUAAAAUACCCUUUGAGUAUUGACAUGAGGAAAUGCAUUGAAGGUUUUAUUCUCAAUAAGCUUGGGACUUUGUUUCCCAGGCUUCUGAUGUGCAUUAGAGAUACAGCUAAUGGUCUUUAAGAUUCAAAAGCCAUAAUGUAUAUUUGAAUCAAAUUCACUUAAGGUCAAAAAGAAAAAAGCUCUUAACUUCCAUAAAAUGAUUCCUUCAGAUGGAUACCAGAGAUCAAAGCAUGUUACAGAAAAAGCUUAAUAUUUGGAUUAGUGCUGUUCUUUCUUUGCUGAGCUUUUAGCCCAUUUGUGAAGUAGUGCUUUCUUAACAGAAAUGAAUAAUUCAUGGACAGUGUUUUAACAACAACACACUGGGAGUACUAUUAAUUCCAAAUUAUUAUUUUUUUUUCUUUAAAAUCCAUUUUGGAGUGUUAAUGCUUGUGUUGCUGAAUAAACUUAAUUUAAUUUUUUGAGUGUUCAAUCACUUACUAAGUUAAACAGAGUACAGUGCAAAAGCAGGUUGUAAUGUUUUUAUGGCUUUUAGUAUGCUCAAGGAGCAGCUCACCCUAUAUGGUACCUGAAGAUUUCUUCCAUCCUGAGCUCUUACAUUGCAUAGUUUGCAAAAGGAGAUACUCAAGUGUCUUGUGUUUGACCCUGAUCCUGAAAUGCUUGUGCAAAUUCCAGACUGAUUAAAGAGUUGCCAGUGAGUACAAGGAGUUACUCCAUGUCCUAAAUCAGAGGAAAUCUGGAAACAUUCAUGCUGAAAGAGACUUUCCAGUGAGUGUCCUGGCUUUAGGUGCCAAACCUCAUUGAGGCUGUUUCAAUCACACAGUCAAGCCCAAACUCAGCUCAAUUUACAGGUCAUCCCUGAUCUUCAAAGAUCAUAACUCUGCUCUACUGCUGGCUGGAGAUCUGUCUUGUACAGGCCACUGUACUACUGCUGUUGUUUAACAUGGAUUUAAAAGCUGGAGAUACUCUUCAGUGAACCUACAGCAGCCAAGCAGCCGGGAAAGCUGUUUCAUACAAAACUGUGUCAUAAAGAAGCCAAGUUUUUUCAGUCCUUCUCUGCCACUUGAACAACUUCACAGGGAUCCUGAGCCUCCAAUGCCAGAGCAGAAGCACCAGUGAAACAAAGAGGACUCUGCCUCCAGGUUAUUCCAAACACACAGUUUAUUUUCCAGCAGCCUCGGUCUUGAUCUGACUUCUGCUGUAUCAACUCAGAGCUACUGUGGUACCAAACAUCCCUGGUGGAGGGACCUUGGCACCUGUCCUGUGGCAGUGGCCCUUGUGUGGUUCCAGCAGCACAAACAGUGUCAUUCAGCUGCUUCACUGAGCACCAGUGGGCUGUAAAUACUCCUGGAUGAUGGCAAUAACAGAGAAGAGUUUUGUGCACUCAUCUACAGGCGCUGCUUCAGAGGAACACAGUGAGGGUUUCCAGCCAGAAGGGUCAUGGACUGCCACACCUUUGAAGUCACCCUGAGUUUCUCACAGGCUUCUGUGGGAGUAGGAUGAAGCCUCAAAUUAGACAGGAAAAAACAAAGGGUGACACUAAAUGAGCUGUGGGAAUUGGCUGCAGUAAACACUCAUAACUGCUUCCCUUUGCCAGUAAGUAAUUGCCCACUGUCUGGUACAGCUAAAAUGCAGGGCUUAGGUGCUCGGUGUGCAGAAAUAAUUCACAGCAAGUUGAAUGCAGCAUUACUGGAUUAGCUCACAACAAUAUUUUGCUUUUCUGGCUUUUUUUGGACAGCGUGUGAAAGACCUGCAGAAGUGCCAUAAAGGACUUCAAAGAGAAACAUAAUUUAAAUAUAAUU